AUGAAUGACAAGGGCUUCACUGUCGUUGCUUACAAUCGCACUACCAGCAAGGUCGAUCACUUCCUUGCUAACGAGGCCAAGGGCGACAUUCAGGAACUGGUUUCCAAACUCAAGCGCCCCCGCAAAAUCGUCCUCCUCGUCAAGGCUGGGUCUGCCGUCGAUGAUUUUAUUCAUCAACUCGAGCCAUUCCUUGAAAAAGGUGAUAUCAUCAUUGACGGUGGUAACUCUCAUUACCCAGACUCGAUCCGUCGCACCAAAGAAUUGGAAGCCAAAGGCCUCCUUUUCGUCGGUUCCGGCGUUUCUGGUGGCGAGGAGGGUGCCCGUUAUGGGCCAUCUCUCAUGCCAGGUGGUUCCCCCGCUGCUUGGCCUGCUAUCAAGGAGAUUUUCCAGAAAACCGCAGCGCAGGUGAACGGUGAGCCAUGCUGCGACUGGGUCGGCGAGACAGGCUCUGGACACUAUGUCAAGAUGGUGCACAAUGGUAUCGAAUACGGAGAUAUGCAGCUGAUCGCUGAGGCCUAUGAUAUUUUGAAGAGGGGCCUCGGAUUGGCCGAGGAUGAAAUUGCCGAUAUCUUUUUGAAGUGGAAUAAGGGCGUCCUCGACUCUUUCUUGAUCGAAAUUACUGCCAACAUUCUCAAAUUUAAAGACGACGAUGGCGAACCUGUCGUCACCAAAAUACUUGACAAAGCCGGUCAAAAGGGAACUGGGAAAUGGACUGCGAUUGCUGCUCUUGAUGCAGGAACUGCAGUUACUCUCAUUGGAGAAGCCGUUUUUGCUCGUUGCCUGUCAGCCAUUAAAGACGAGCGUGUCCGUGCGAGCAAAGCCAUCGCUGGACCUCCUAAGGAACCAUUCCGAGGUGACAAACAACUUUUCAUUGAUGAUCUCGAGCAAGCCCUCUAUGCUUCCAAGAUUAUCUCCUAUACCCAAGGAUUCAUGCUCAUGAGGGAAACCGCGAAGGAGGUUGGCUGGAACCUCAACUACUCCGGAAUUGCUUCUAUGUGGCGUGGUGGAUGCAUUAUAAAAAGUGUUUUCUUGGGCGACAUCACUGCUGCCUACCAGAAGAAGCCCGACUUAGAGUCUCUCUUGUUCGAUGACUUUUUCAACAAAGCUGUACACAAAGCUCAACCCGGUUGGAGACGAGUUAUUGCUCAAGCUGUCCUCUGGGGUAUCCCUACUCCUGCCUUUAGCACCGCUCUUGCUUUCUUCGACGGCUACAGAAGCGCUAUUGUACCUGCCAACCUUCUGCAAGCUCAGCGUGAUUACUUCGGUGCUCAUACCUUCCGUGUUCUUCCUGGCAAAGAGAACGACAAAUUCAAGGCUGGGGAAGACAUCCGUUAG